GCGGAGGCGUAUUAUUUGACAGUAGAAGUGUGUGGAGAGGCAGGGAGCUCCGGGGGUCUCCGGUUGGUCCAUGAGCGAUGGGAGCGCGCCCCCGACACUUCAGGUGAUCCAGAGGGAAGCAGAGAGGAGCGGGACGCUGGUCGCUGGUGCGUCGCGUUAGAGAAACGGCCAAAGAGUUGGAGGAAAAAUGACUUGUGUUACGUCGCCCGGAGCGCCCGCUUCACUGACAGCAUGUCUGCUCUUCGUUGCGGGAUGUUUCGCACAGAAAGUGUACUUUGACUGCGGUGCCAGGGUGGAUGUGGUGGACGUUCAAGGCCUCAUUUUGUCUCCUGGCUUCCCCUACAACUACUCCUCUGGUACUCACUGUGUUUGGCAGUUUGUUGUUCCAGUCGAUUACCAGCUUGUUCUGGAGAUAUUUGACUUUGACGUCUUCGAAAGCCACGAUUCCGAAGCUCAGUACUCUGCUUUCUCUAAUUUUGAAGAAGAAGACGAAGAGGCAGCAGCAGAGGAAAGAGGGAAGGUCACCCCUACCAGCUUAUCCGCUAACAAAAGCUUGUCAACAGCCGCAAAAGCAGCGCUUCAGAGCACAGGGGGUCUUUUAAAGACUUCCCGAGAUGGUGUUCCUAAUCAAGUCGUGGUCCAGGAACAGUCUACAAAAAUGGAGAUUGCCAAAGUUUCAAAUUCUGCCAAAAGAUCUGCAGACCUGUCCUCUAGUCUGUCUUCAUUGGCCUCUUCUUCCCUCCUUCUCCUACCUGGUGCUGCGCCACCUGCAGACAAGGUCAACAACUCCAUCUCUGCCUCUCCCUCAAAUGAAAAUCUCAGUCCCACUUUGAACCCAAGCGCGGUUAUGGAGGACACCACCUAUGGCUCACCACCCUCCACAGGAACUCCUCCUGUGAGCCCUGAAACUCAGCAGUCCAUCUUUGACGCCUGCCCCCACGACGUCCUCUACAUCUCAGACCUCAUCACCUUUUCUUCUAGGUUCUGCGGGUCCAACCGCCCUCCCAGCAGCCAGCUGGUUUUUGGCUCAAGCCAAGAGAUGGUGGAGGUCAUCAUGGAGCUGAUCACCACCACCCACUGGGGACGCGGAUUCGCGCUUCUGUUCCACUACCACAACCUGACCGAGCCGGGAGGGGACCAACGAACCACGUCCCCGUCAGGCGGCAAGGUGGACUCCCUUCUUACCGCUGUGAGCGGAGCCGCAUUCUUCGCUCUGAUACUCACGACUGUACUCUGCAUCAUUUUCAGACCCAAACUGUGUCCAAAAAGAGCCAGUUCCUGCACGUCCAGCAACUCUGAGGUCGCGGAGGGAGUCCAGAGAGUUGCCGCCGAGAUCAGUGAGCUCCAGCUGAUGGCUGAGAAUGAAGCCGGUCCGGAGAUGACCGCAGAGCAGGACAUCGACAGCAACCAGCCCCGUGCAGUCGCUGCUGAAGGCGAUGCGCCCCAGACUGUAGACGUGGAGCUCUCCUGCAGCGGUUUGACUGAACUUGAUCUCGGUGCAGAUGAGGUUUUCAUUGUAUCACCAGCUGCUUGCCCAAGCCGGCUGCCCUUCUAUCCUUAUGCUCAGCGGGAGAGGUUCCUGCGACACAGUGACACCGGCCCCGGUCCUUCAUGCGACUGGCCCUCAGCGGACCCCAACACCUCGCCGGCCGGGGCCAGGUCCCUUAGAGAGAGCGUCUGCUCGCGACCGAGAGCGUGGAGCGUACGCACCUUCCAGGACUUCCUGCCUCCGCUGCCGCAGCUUCACAAGAAGUGGUGCAGCUGGAACUCCACCAGCCCCUUCACCAAGCUGGUGGACAACCCGCCAUCCGGUUUGAUCCCCGACCGCAAAGACAGCAACAGCAGGAAAGUGUUCUCCGACGCCCACCUGGAGGCCCAGGCGAACACCAGCAUCGUCUCGGACUCCUCCACCAGCAACGUCUCCUACCCCCUCAUGCAGCCCACACAGCGCCAGCGACGCCUCAACUCUGCCAGCAACCUGCGCCGCUCCCGCUUCACCGGGCCGUGUUUCGGCCUUCUCUCCGAAACAAAAGAUCCACCGAAGGGGGGCGGCGUCCACCCGGGCUGCGUCCCCUCGGAGACCGGCCCUGGCUCCUCUUCCUCACCCUCCUCCUGCUCUUCCUCCUCCUCUUCUGCUCAGUGCCACGUCAAGAGCGCGCCGGCCGGAAAGAGGCUGGAGUUCCCAGGCGAGGGCGAUCACAUCAGCGUGCCGGUGUUCGCCAUCUCCGAGGAGGAGGACAGGCAGCCGCUGGUCUCGGCUCAGCACCUGGUGCAGACGAACGGACCGGUCAGGGCGAAGCACGAGAGCAAACGGCCUCCCGCGGGCGGCGUCAGCCCCAAGAGGGUCAGGCCGGAGUGGAGGCCGUGGGGCAGUCAGGUGUCGGGGGGAGCCGCUCCGCCAGCUUCAGGAGCGUCCAACGAGUCGGACGCGCUUAAGAACGGCCAGCCGUCCGUUAGUCUGUCCACGGGGCUGUGCUCCGUGACAAACCACAUGUGACCAAGAGCCGAGACUGUGCUGACCGAGACCUGGAUUUCUGAACUAGUGGCACUGUGAAAACAACAAAAAACACCUUUUUUUUUUCUUUCUGACAUCAACUUUUACAAACUCCACUCUGCAAAAACGCUGUCAUACCAAGUAUGUUUGGUCCAGUUUCCAGUGCAAAUAUCUUAGUAGACUUGAAAUAAAAAGACUAAACUAACUUUAGAGCAAGAAGUAGGAACUUUAUUUAAGUCAGUAAUUUAAUAUUGAUGAAAAAGCUUGAGUUAUAACUGUUAAUACAAAAAUGAUAUUAAAAGUUAUCAUUUUUAUAUAAUAACUUUUAUAUUGAAAGUUGCCAUUUUCCUCCAAAUUAGAAUUUGUAAAAUGGGAAACAUCUCUUGUUCCACUGGCAGAUUAAAACUAUUACUUUUUCAUAAAUAUUAAGAAAUUAGCUUAAAACAAGCUCCUAUUUCUAGCUGAAAAGCUUCUUUUGAGACAGUUUUGUCUUGUUUCAAGCGUACUACAAUAUUAUUCAGUACUGCAAGAAACCAAACCAAAAAUACUUGGCAAGAUUUUGCGCUGGCUUAUCAUUUCAUAUGUACACAUAUAAAAAAGCUCUUGGACAAAGAAAAAGCUGUUGAUUUUCCAGAGGUACUGUUUUUGUCAAAAGCACGAACGGCGUUUCUUCAUGUCUUUUAGUUCCUGUAUUUCAGCCGCUGCACCUUCCUGCGGCUCUCCAUGUGGUCAUCAUCGCUUUUUACCCACAAGUAUUAUGUAGGCCAUAGAUAAAUCAUUUAUAUCAUUGUCACGUCGGUGUACGCGUUCUCCUACUACUGAUAACGGAUUAUAAAAGGGAAGUUGGACUACUAUAUAAAGUGAGAAUAGAGACCGUUAUGUAGUACAGAGCACUUAAACAUUAGUUGUUCGUAUGCAAGUAAAGGUUCAAUAAACACGUUACUGUUAA